AUGGACAAAAUAUGGCAUAUUCUUCCUCACAUGCUUGCUUUAUUAACGGAUGACUCUUUAUCUUCAUCAAGGGUGCAAAUGUGGGUAGCACAUUUCAGAAGGCAAAUGGAGAGCCUCGAAGAUAACGCAAUGGUUGGACGUCCUGCAACUGCCACCACUGAGGAAGACAUUGGUCGUGUUGUGCACAUUGUGUUGGUUGAGAGGCGACUGACUAUAAAGCAAAUAGUCAAUGCUAUCAGCAUAUCCCGUGAGAAGAUUUGGAAUAUUCUUCACCAUAGUCUUGGCAUGGCAAAAGUUUUCUACUUGUUGGGUGCCACGUCUUCUGACACUAGUCAAAAGAACACCAUACUGAUCACAUCAGAAGAAAGUCUGACAUUGCUUGAAGCAGAUCCAGCUGGUUUCUCUGAGUGUUAUGACGGCCGGGUUCCAGUUCCUGCAGUGGGAACUCUCCCUCCUCACCUGGCCCAAAGAAGGUAA